GAGGUGCGGUGUAUGAGCUGGGCCGGGCGGGCAGCGAUCGUCCCCGUCCUCCCCCCGGGUGGGCGAGCCCCUGGCAACUGUCACUGCCGGAGCUCUGCCUCGGGGCGGGGUGGCUCGGGGCCCCGGCACAAGCCGGGCUGCCAGGGGCACAGCGCAAACGACGGGCGACUCGUUGCUGCUGUUCCUAGGGCUGUGCCUGGGGCUAUGAGACAGGUGUCCGCUGUACCAAGGCCGACGGAGAGGAGGGAUUUUGAUAUCUCCGAACUGAAGACAGUCAAAAUACUAAUUGCAGGUGAAUGCUCCUUGGUCAGCCUGUUGGAUGUCUCUGGGAACAUAAGAAGUCAUGGCAGAAAAUGAUGCAAUGCCAACCUUACCAAAAAAGUGUGGCCCAUAUAUUUCAUCUGUCACCAGUCGUGGCAUGAAUUUGGUAAUUCGUGGCAUAGUGCUGUUUUUUAUUGGUGUGUUCCUUGCAUUGGUGUUAAACUUGCUUCAAAUCCAGAGAAAUGUUACUCUCUUCCCGCCUGAUGUCAUCACAAGCAUCUUCUCCUCAGCUUGGUGGGUGCCACCUUGCUGUGGCACAGCGUCAGCUGCGAUUGGGUUGUUGUACCCAUGCAUGGACAGACAUCUGGGAGAGCCACAUAAAUUCAAGAGAGAAUGGUCCAGUGUAAUGCGAUGUGUAGCAGUCUUUGUUGGAAUAAAUCAUGCCAGUGCUAAAGUGGAUUUUGCCAACAACUUCCAGUUAUCUCUCACAUUAGCAGCCCUGUCGAUUGGGCUGUGGUGGACGUUUGAUAGAUCACGAAGUGGCUUUGGUCUUGGAGUAGGAAUUGCUUUCCUCGCUACAUUGGUGUCACAGCUUCUGGUCUACAAUGGAGUGUAUCAAUACACAUCUCCAGAUUUCCUUUAUGUUCGUUCCUGGUUGCCAUGUAUAUUUUUUGCUGGUGGAAUAACUAUGGGCAAUAUUGGCAGGCAGCUAGCAAUGUAUGAAUGCAAAGUCAUUGCAGAGAAGUCUCACGAGGACUGAGGAGAAACAAUACACACCUUUUAAGUGGAAAAUAUCUGACAGAUGACUGUUGGAAGAGCAUAAAGAACACUUGACUAUAAAAUUGCCAAAAUGCAAUUUUUUUUCCCCUUGAGUGGUGUACUUUACUGCAAUCUGUGAUUGCUGCUUCUUUAGAAACUUUCAUGUCUGAUUUUGAUUACUGUGAAGGUACAAUAGUAUGCAAUAAAUUUGACAAUAUAGGUUCAAUUAUAGGAUUCUUUUUUUUCUGAAUCUAAAGUGAUUUUACCAUAAAUUCUUGGCUGUCCAUAAUGUUGCAGUGCCAAACUGAACCUUUGCACUAUGUUUCUGUAGCUGAAAUUCCUGCUUCACUUUAUCUUGAAAGUUUUGAGGAAUUUGUUCUUAAUGGCUCAGUGAAAGAAGGAUUCAGAUUUAGGUUUCCACGAUGAUAACCUAUAGUAUCUUUAUGAAAGUCAUGUAUUGCAGGUGAGCUUUGCAAUAAGUAACUGUUUCUGCCUGUUAACACCCUGUAUGACUCUUCUUGCAUCACAGGUGAAGCAACUUCAGUUAAACUGUUUGGGUUAUUGCCAUACCAUUUCAUUUGUUUGUGGUAUGUGCCCAGUAUCACAGAAUACAGAAAUGGAAACUAAGGCUGGAAAUUUACUAUAUUUUCCCCUACUAUAAUGAGUAUAUAUGUUUAUGUAUGAGUUUAUGUGGACAGAUUCUGGAAUCUAUUUGUUGUGUUGAGUAACACAAUGCAAUUUGGGUCAUUCUUGUACAAUCCCUUAAGCUGACUUCUGCUGAUCCCUUAAUAAAAAAUAGGGAGUGUUUAUUGCAGAACUUAAUUCUACUGAAGUAAAUCAGCCAGUACCAUAUAGUGUCAUAAAAUCCUCCAUUACCGACAUUACUCUUGGUAGUUCUUGUCUACUGCCUGCUCUGUUUGCAGGGAUCAGCAGAGGGGGGCAAGGCCGUAUCUUAGGUACUGAUGUAGCUCUUACUGCUCUGACUGUGGUCCAGGCAACCAUAAAUGUGUUUGUUCUUAUAACAGUUUUCUGAGGUGGAGAAAUACCCAUAAUUUAGAGGUGCCUGUGCACAGAAAGUCUGAUAGGAUGAAAAGCUCAUAGAGGCUGUGUGCUAAUUGAUUGCCUUCUUAAGAGGGAUUUUAAUGUGCAGCCUGUAUUUGGGGGCAUACAUGAAAUUUCCUACUGACUUUGUAGCUGCCUUGUAAGAUGAUGAGAUGAAAGAAUUUGUGCAAGAAGGCAGAAAGCAGACUUCAGGAAGACACUGCUAACCUGUGAUAGUGGUGAAUUUGGAAUGGGAUGUCUCUGCUUUGUGUUCCCUUUCUGUCUCUGUGCUGCUGAUGUUUUAAUGUAUUUGUUUUCCUUUUUUUUGUCUUGAAGUACUACUUUUCAAAUCUUCUAUGAAAGGUUUAUAAGACAUGUUACAGUCACCAAGGGAGGCUGGAGUUGGUCCAAAGAACAAAUAGAUGUUUAGACCAAUUUUUAUUAAUAAAUGUGUGUAUGCAUUGUACACAAA